AUGGAGGUUGAAGGACUUACAUCAACUUCACUGAAGGAUAGCCACGUGAUUGCCGAAGAUGGAAAAUCACGUGAAGAGAGCAAAUCUCUCGAGAAUGGAUGUCACAAUGGCACUGUUGAGACUACUUCCAAUGGUUACCACACAAUAAACGGCACAGGAACCCCACACGAAAAAMCAAACAAACAUGAUGACCUCACUAUAGACCAGAUACAUGAUGACGUCACCAGGGAACCAAAAAUCCAAAAUGACGUCACUAAAGAUSAUGACGCAAAACGUGAGGAUGGUGCUUCUGAAAAUGACAUCAUCGACGAUGCCCUAACACUAAGUGACAUCAUCAUUGAUGACGUCACAAGUGAUCACGUUACCAAGGAGAUAAUUAUCACUAAAGCCCUCCAUGGCGAUAUUGACGUCAUAUAUCCAGAAAAUGUCCGAGAAGUCAGAGUGUUCAUGAGUUCUACUUUCACAGACACAUUUGUUGAGCGCAAUACACUGAUGGUGAAAGUUUACCCUCGUAUCAAGACCUUCUGCCAAGAGAGAGGCUAUGACUUCCAGAUUGUUGACAUGCGAUGGGGAGUUCGAGACGAGGCUACUGACGAUCACAUGACCUCAGAGCUUUGUAUGAAAGAACUGGAAGUGUGUCAGAAGCUGUCAACUGGACCAAACUUUGUGACACUACUUGGUCAAAAGUACGGCUACCGUCCUUUCCCGCCAAAAAUACCCGCAGACGAGUUCGAACGUCUACUCGGAGCAUUGGACAAUAAAGAUGACAUAACUUUAUUAGAACGCUGGUUCCUAUUGGACGAAAAUACUGUCCCACCACAUUUUCACCUUCAGCCAAUCACUGCCUUGCUUCCAGACUAUCGUAACUAUGGUGAUAGGGAAUUACGUAAGAAGGCAUCGAUUAAGUGGUGGGAUAACUUUGAAAGAAUGCAAAUUGCGCUCAGAAAAGCCGCAGAUCAAGUGUUCGAAAAGCAGGAAGAUAAGCAAAAGUAUUUUAUGUCAGUAACAGAAGACGAGAUCCGAAGAGGCAUCAUCGAGAUCAAAACACCAGAGAAACRUACACUUUGGUUCAAGCGAGUCUUUUCAAACCUUGARGAYCAUGUUCAUGACGUCACAUCCGGAAAGUUCAUCGACGUCAUUUCCGGAGAUCAGYCAUCCGGUGAAAUUGUGGUGAACAGCGAAKCACAACAGCUUCUUAAGAAGUUWCGAGAAAAAGAUCUCAAAAGUUCUCUUCCUGUGGAAAGUAUCGUCGAGUAUGAUGUGGGAUGGCACUCAAAUGGAAUCAACAUAAGUCUACCCGAGCAUGCUCAGUACAUCCAAAAGCUGUGCRAUGACGUUUACAACAAGUUGACGUCAUUGAUUAGCGCCAGCAUUGAUGAGGAACAGCGGUAUGGCGUCAGAGACCCUCUUCUCCAGGAAGUAAUCCAACAUUUGUCGUUUUGCCAGAAAAAAUGCUUAGCAUUUCACGGACGUGGARAAUUCUUGGAAUUCGUCAAAACGCAGUUGCUAGGAAACGGCAAGAAUGUGGUUGUUAUCUAUGGGGAGUCUGGUUGUGGGAAGACGUCGCUGGUCGCCAAGGUGACCUCUAAAGUGAAGACAUGGUUUGUACAACCGCUGACCAUGGUUUGUAGGUUUMUUGGAACAACACCAGGUUCUUCGAGUAUUCGCGCUCUUCUGAGAAGUGUAUGCCUUCAGCUUGGAGCAGCUGGACUCACUGAAAAUACACCACCGGAGGAUCUUCAAGCGCUSAUCGAUUAUUUCCCAGAAUGCUUGAAAACAGCUUCUUCCAAAUCAACKAUUGUCCUGAUUUUUGACUCGCUGGAUCAGCUGUCCAUUGAAGAUGGCGGGCGCACACUGGAUUGGUUGCCAAGUGAUCUUCCUGMGAAUGUUUACUUUGUGUUGUCAAGCYUACCAGGAGCGCAAUAUCAGUGCUUUCCAAGAMUCAAGGACAUUUAUCCUGAAGAUUGUCUACUACAAGUACCAUCACUGGCUGCUSAAGAAUCCGCUGAUAUUCUUGACAGCUGGCUCAGGGGUGCUCAGCGCACUCUUAGAACAGAGCAAAGGAAYGAGGUGUUGACGUCAUUCCAGGACUGCCCRCUGCCGUUGUAUCUUAAGCUAGCUUUUGAUGAAUCUUGCCGAUGGAAGUCAUACACUCCAUUCAAGGACUGGGACCUACCGCCGAACAUACGGGACAUCAUAAGUUGUCUAUUUGAUCGUGUGGAGCGUAUCCAUGGCUACACCCUUGUCAGCCAUGCUCUAGGCUAUAUUACAGCUUCCAARAAUGGUCUGACAGAGGCAGAACUUGAAGAUCUCCUCUCAUUGGAUGACGAGGUUUUGAAUGACGUUUUCCAGUACUGGACUCCRCCUAUCAGAAGGCUUCCUCCAUUGCUAUGGAAACGGAUACGAUAUGACAUCAAWGAUUACUUGAUUGAUCGUGGCGCGGACGGUGCACGAGUGACGUAUUGGUACCAUCGACAGUUUAUUGAAGUAGCUAGAGACAGGUACUUGGGAAACAAGCAGCAAGCUAGAAAAAUUCACUUAAAAAUGGCCGAGUAUUUCUUAGGAACCUGGAGUGAAGGGAAUCCAAAACCAUUCGUCGACAAGAACGGAGAACAUAAGACUGAAAACCGUCUUGUUGCAAGCCAACCUCUGAUGUUUGAUAAAAGCGAUGAAAACCCUACUUUUAACCUGCGAAAAUUGAGCGAGCUCCCACAACACUUAUUUCUCGCUGAGGACUACACAAGGAUGAAAGAUGAAGUUCUUUUUAAUUUCGAAUUUCUUCUUGCGCUUUUAAGGGCGACCUCGUUGGACAAUGUUUUGGACAACUUCGAGAUGUUCUUUAAGGUAUUUCCUCAAGACGCUGAUACUGAUAUCCUACAAGAUUGCCUAAGACUCUCUACUGUGGCCUUGUCAAUUGAGCGCAAACAGCUCGCUACACAGAUCAUCGGGCGAAUGAUGGGCUUUCAAGAGAAGACCGAAGAAUUCCCUUACAUUUGCAAGGUUUUGAAAGAAGCAUACAACUCUUCUGUUCCCUGUUUCAUUCCAAAUCAAAGCUGUUUGACUAUUCCUGGUGGAAUGGUCAGGUUUGCAAUGCCUUUGGAAAGUUUAGGAGAAUGUCGUCCAAGUAUGGCUAAAGAUGACAGGACCUUGAUUCUGAGUUGGACAACAGCAAAAUCUCUUGAGAUCAGAAUCAUUGACCAUGUUCUUGGAAAAGUUCUUCGAAAGUUCACCUUGACAAAUGAUUGGUUUACAAAUUUGGUUGAUCUYUACGAGGGAAAGAUUCUUAGAAAGUUCCGUUUAGGUGAUUUUCUGGACAUGAAGCUUGUAGCUCAAGACAGSCUCAUCGUCUUGCAUUCGGGAAGUGUAUACAUCUACAACACUGAGACAGGUGCAGAAUCUGCAAAGAUAUCAUACUGGGACGAUUUGUAUCUUGAUGGAAAUAAACAACUUGUUGUGAGUGACAGCGGAGCUGAGGCAGUCUUYACUUACAGCGUUGAUCAAAUUCUAGUGAUUUGUGAUCUGGAAAGUGAAUCAUGCAGACAGAUUGAAGGAGUAGGAAGAUUUGUUGAAUUUUGUUCUAGAAAUGGAAACAAUGUCAUCGCUAUUGGAAAAGAUGAUAUUCUUAGAAAGUACGACACGCGAAGAAAGAAGGAGAGUACUCGCGAUGAAGGCUUUUUACAUUUCAACUUCUCUGUCAAACAAGCGCCGGAUAAUCGCCAUGUUAUUGUCGUGGAUGGAAAGACUGUAUCGAUAUGGGAUAUGCUGUCAGGAGAAAAAGUUCGCACUAUCAUCGGUAAAUGCAAUUUUGGACGUUUCCAGGUGUUGUCACGUGAUUGUAAACGUGGAGUUUAUUUCCUGGAAAAAAGACGAAUGCACGGAGUUUUAAACCUUAUUWCUGGGGGAUUAGAAGCUACAUUUGAAAAUGAAGGAUCACUAUCUCAUUUUGUUGGAAUGGUUGAUAAAAAUCAUUUACUUCAUCUACGAAGAUGCAGGCGCUCCCUUGAGUURAUUGAYAUACGYACUGGAGAAGGUGAAGACUGUCUGUCAUUUARCACUCAAACGAUUGAAAUCCCACUACUAAGCUUUGAUGGGUCCACCGCUAUUCUUCCUCUGACAGACGACAGUAUUCCUACAAAUUUUCCCCGGACUUUGGUUGUUCUUAAUACAUCGUCGAUGAUACAUAGAGUCAUAGAACGAAAACCAUCUCCAAAGUCUAUUGCACAUGCAUGUGGGAUAUCAUACGAUGGCAAGUACCUUCUAAGCAGACACGAUGACCAAUACCUUAUAUGGAACCUAUCAGAGGUCAAGGUCAUACAUGAGAUAUCAGUAACUCUAGAUGGUCCUUGGGAAAUUAAGACAUCCUCCGACUCCUAUCACAUGAUCAUGAUCUCCCAGCAACCUAUAUUCCAAAUAUGGGAUAUGGAAACAGGAAAUCGUUUAUAUGAGGUGAGCCUGCAAUAUAUGCUGGUCAGUGAUCAAUACAUAACCGUCCUUUCUUUCGAUGAAAUUAUCKCCAUCCAAUCAAGGAAUACAGUGGUCGCUAUAGAUCGAGCCAGCGCUAAAGUGUUGGCAGCGGUUACUUUGGACAACAAGCUAAACGACGUUUGCUUCCAAGGAAACACAGUUGCUGGAAUUCUCCCUUGUCAUAAGCGUGUGGUAGUUUUUGCAAGUUUACAAAUGCCUGAGAGGAAUCAAAUGAGCCCAUUGGAGCCAUCUGUGUUUGAUGGGAUCCCUGUGGAAACUAGACAAAGCGAUUCAGAGGAWUAUAGCGAUGACCAAGAAACGUUUUACAUAAUGUAA